UCCCAGUCCUGGCAUGCGUCCCCAGCUGUUCAUAUUUCAAAGGUGGGUGGGGUCUACACUUCAACUCUCAUUCCCUGGUUUUUAAUACCUGCACGAGCCUCCGCUCCUUCAUUCCAUGACAAAAUAAUUGUUGAGACCAGGCUUAACAACCGCACAACAUAAAAGGACGAUCUCAUUUUCCCCUGCUUGGUGACUUUGGAGAGGCUUGGAUACCACUGCUUUUGCACAGACAUUUUGUGAGUCACAGCGGGAGUUUCGUGUGUGUGGAAGUCGCAUUUACCGCAGUAAAUUUACUCAGUACCUGUUCCAUUCCGACGGCCGAGGUUCUGUCCUACCCAGCACCGUCGCCAGUGUGAAGCCUGCCUAAACUCAGCCCCGAGAGGUCCGGCUCCCAGACCAGCACCCUGAACAUGAGACAGCUGUGUAUCUGUGUGUCUGUCCUGCUAGCCUUGGCCACCAUGGCUGUGGCUAGGCCUAAAGAAGGACCGGAGCAGAAGUGCAAGUCUGGCCCAGUGGACCUCGUGUUCAUUAUUGACAGCUCUCGAAGUGUGCGGCCCCACGAGUUUGAGACCAUGCGCAAGUUCAUGAUCGACAUCAUCCACACGCUGGACAUGGAGGCGAAUGCCACCCGAGUGGGCGUAGUGCAGUACUCCAGCCAGGUCCAGAACGAAUUCUCUCUCAAGACCCAUGGCAAGCUGCAGGGCAUGGUGAAAGGCAUCAAUGAGAUCGUCCCCCUGGCGCAGGGCACCAUGACGGGCCUGGCCAUCAAGUACGUCAUGAACCAUGCCUUCACGGCAGCCGAGGGCGACCGACCCAAGGUGCCCAAUGUGGCCGUCAUCGUAACGGACGGGCGGCCCCAGGACCGGGUGGCGGAGGUAGCAGCCGAGGCUCGAGACAAGGGAAUCGAGAUCUAUGCGGUGGGCGUUGCUCGGGCGGAUAUGACCUCGCUGCGUGCUAUGGCGUCGCCGCCCAUCGAGGACCAUGUCUUCCUGGUGGAGUCUUUUGACCUGAUCUACCAGUUUGGCCUGCAGUUCCAGGACAAGCUCUGCGGGAUGGAUCUGUGCCUGGAGUCUGACCAUGGCUGUGAGCACCUCUGUGAGAGCUCCCCUCGUUCUUUCCACUGCCUGUGUCUGCCAGGGUACACUCUCAACGAGGAUGGCAAGACCUGUAAAGCCAUAGACCCGUGUGCUGGGGGGAAGCAUGACUGUGAGCAGAUCUGUAUCCCCUCCCCUGGAACCUUCACCUGCGGCUGCAACACCGGCUACACCCUCAACGACGACAAGAAGACCUGCACAAGAAUACUUGAGAGCCCAGUGAUAGACCUGUGUGCUGAGGGGAAGCAUGACUGUGAGCAGAUCUGUAUCACCUCUCUGGGCACCUUCACCUGCAACUGCAAGACUGGCUACACCCUCAACAAUGACAAGAUUACCUGCACAAUGAUAGACCUGUGUGCUGAGGGGAAGCAUGACUGUGAGCAGAUCUGUAUCCCCUCCCCUGGAGCCUUCACCUGUGACUGCAGCGCUGGCUUUAAGCUCCACGAUGACAAGAAGACCUGCACAAACCUGUGUAACACAGUGGAGCAUGGCUGUGAGCACCAGUGUAUCAGUACACCAGACUCCUACUACUGCAUCUGCCCUGAGGGACAGCUACUGGCAGAGGAUGGCAAGGGCUGCCGAACCUGCAGAUCGGCCAACAUUGACCUGGUCCUCCUCAUCGAUGGCUCCAAGAGCGUGCGUCCCCAGAACUUUGAGCUAGUCAAGCAGUUUGUCAACCAGGUGGUGGACUCCCUGGAUGUCUCCGCCCAUGGGACUCGAGUGGGCCUAGUGCAGUACUCCAGCCACGUGCGCACAGAGUUCGCCCUCAAAAUGUACGAGAAGGCAGAUGACAUCAAGAAGGCGGUGAUGAACGUGGAGUACAUGGAGAAGGGCACCAUGACGGGCCUGGCCCUCAAGCACAUGAUGGAGAACAGCUUCUUGGAGGCCGAGGGUGCCCGCAAGAACAUCCCUCGCGUGGGCCUGGUCUUCACUGACGGCCGCUCUCAGGACGACAUCACUGAGUGGGCCAAGAAGGCCAAAGAAGAAGGUAUCACCAUGUAUGCUGUUGGUGUUGGGAAGGCCGUGGAGGAUGAGCUGCGUGAGAUUGCCUCAGAGCCACUAGACAAGCACUUCUUCUAUACCACUGACUUCACUUUCAUCAACCAGAUAGCCGAGAACCUCAAGCUCAAUGUCUGUGCAGAGGAGAGCCAGGGAGAGAUUGAGGUGAAAGACCCAUGUGCCUGUGAGAGUCUGGUUGAGUUCCAGCAAGCAACAAUGUCCACUCUGGAGCAGCUGAAAACAAAACAUAUCCUUCUAUAUACUGCACAUGUUCAUUAA